AUGUCAUCGACGAAGGCUUCAAGAAUAGGAGAAGAGUGCGUGAAGCCGAGAGGCGCUCGUUUUAGGACCGUCCCCGCUAAUAUCAUCUUUGCAGAAUUUGGAAGUCAGACGAGGGUCGAUAAAGUCAACGCGGAGCUGGUCACAUUAACCUACGGAACAAUUGUGGCUCAAUUAUGCCAAGACUAUGAUAGUGACUACCAGGAAGUCAACAAGCAGCUGGACAAGAUGGGUUACAGUAUUGGCAUGCGGUUGAUUGAGGACUUUCUGGCCAAGUCUGGCGUGGGUCGAUGCGCCAACUUCCGGGAGACCGCUGAUAUGGUUGCCAAGGUGGGCUUCAAGAUCUUUCUGAAUGUCACGCCGACAGUCACGAAUUGGGCGAGCGACAACAACCAGUUCUCCCUCAUAUUUGAGGAAAACCCUCUGGCCGACUUUGUGGAGCUUCCAGAUGAUGGGCGGGCCCAGGAUGAACUCUGGUUCUCCAACAUCUUGUGCGGCGUGCUCCGCGGGGCUUUGGAGAUGGUUCAAAUGCAGAUCGAGGCUCACUUUGUGAGUGACGUGUUGCGAGGCGACGACACCACCGAGAUGCGGGUCUCACUUGUACGAUACAUCGAAGACGAGAUGCCACCGGAAGAGGAUUAA